CUCACUUCAGCCGCCGUUUUGUUUUUCGUUUGGCCCGGUUGGUGGUGUCGUCGUUUUUUAAUCACUCUUCUUAUUUUAUUCCACCCACAUUCAUUUGGUGGUUGUUGGACGAGUCUCGGCAGCGGGUCGUAUCAAUUUUAAAACUAUUGUGAUCAUAACUUUCUUCACAAGAUACAAUAUGGCUGGAAACAACACAAGAAGGCUGAUGCAGUAUGUCGCUGACCACACUAGGAUAUCCACCCGCGCCUAUGGGACAGCCAAGCGCGUGGUGGCGGCCAAGCCGGUCGUGGAGAUGGACGGGGACGAGAUGACGCGCAUCAUCUGGGAGAAGAUCAAGGAGAAACUCAUCUUCCCCUAUGUUAAGCUGGAGUGCCUGUAUUACGACCUGGGGCUGCCGCACCGCGACGCGACCGACGACCAGGUGACGGUGGACGCGGCGCACGCCAUACUCAAGCACAACGUCGGCAUCAAGUGCGCCACCAUCACGCCUGAUGAGCAGAGGGUCGAAGAGUUCAAGCUGAAGAAGAUGUGGCUGAGCCCGAACGGUACAAUCCGCAACAUCCUGGGCGGCACGGUGUUCCGCGAGCCCAUCCUGUGUCCCAGCAUACCUCGCGUGGUGCCCGGCUGGACCAAGCCCAUCGUCAUCGGACGCCACGCCCACGGCGACCAGUAUAAGGCGCAGGACUUCUUAGUUACUAAACCUGGGAAGGUGGAGAUGGUGUUCACGGGCGAGGACGGCUCCGUGGAGAAGCGCCUGCUGUUCAACUACAAGACGCCGGGCGUGGCCAUGGGCAUGUACAACCUGGACGACUCCAUCCGGGCCUUCGCGCACUCCAGCUUCCAGGUGGCGUUGGCGAAAAAAUGGCCGCUGUAUUUAUCCACCAAGAACACAAUCCUCAAACAAUACGACGGUCGUUUCAAGGACAUUUUCGAAGAAAUCUACCAGAAGGACUACAAGAAGCAGUACGAAGCGGCCAACAUCUGGUACGAGCACCGGCUGAUCGACGACAUGGUGGCGCAGGGGCUCAAGAGCAGCGGCGGCUUCGUGUGGGCCUGCAAGAAUUAUGACGGCGACGUGCAGUCCGACAUCGUCGCUCAGGGCUACGGCUCGCUGGGCAUGAUGACGUCAGUGCUGAUGUGCCCCGACGGGCGCACCGUGGAGUCGGAGGCGGCGCACGGCACCGUCACCCGCCACUACCGCAUGCACCAGCAGGGCAAGCCGACCUCCACGAACCCCGUGGCGUCCAUCUACGCGUGGACGCGCGGCCUGAUACACCGCGCCAAGCUCGACGACACUCCCGACCUGGCCCGGUUCGCUACUGCGCUGGAGGAGGCGUGCGUGGAAUGCGUGGAAGGCGGCAAGGUGACAAAAGACCUGGCCAUCUGCAUCCACGGGCUGGCCAACACGAAGGAGGGCAUGUACCUGCACACAGAGGACUUCCUGCACGCCAUUGCCGAGCAGCUGGAGCGCAAGCUCGCCAAGUAAACAAGCUGUAGAGAACCAUAGACAAUCGAGUCAUCCAGUGAAUUUUUAACUUUCGAACGUUAUUUUUUUCUGUAGUCAUCCAGUGAAUUUUGAAUUUCGCACGUUCUUUUUUUCAGUAGUCAUCCAGUGAAUUUUUAACUUUCGAACGUAAUUUUUUGAAGUCGAGAUAUUUUUAAACGCAAUGUAUCUUUUGAUAUACCAUUUAUUUCAUUGUAAUUUAGUCCCUUAACCAUGUCAUUUAUGUAUCUUUUAUUCAUCGGUAUUUCAUGAAAUCAGUGUAACUAUAAUAGAGUUAAGAAUAAUUUUGUUUUGAGUAUUGUUUCUUACUCGUAGGUAUAAUUAGAUAAUGAUUUACAAAUACGUUUGAGCACUUGCUGGUUAAAAGUCCAUUAUUAUAGAGAGAGUUAGAGAUUAUUAAUUAUUAUUAUGAAUGCAUUUAGCAAUUUUAGCAAUAAUCAUUGCAUCAAAGUUCUUGUAAUUUACUCACAAGCAUUUUAAUUUGCAUUGUGGUUUUUGUAUUUUUUUCUAAAUUCUAUUAAAAUUUGGUUAUGAAGAACAUGUUAUAUAUUUUAUAAAUCUAAGUGCAAUGUUGUGUGCAGGUAGCUAAGAAUUAUGACGAUGUGAAAUCAUUGUGAAACAUAAUUAUUAAUUAUGUACUUAUUAGCAUUUAUAUGUAAUGAAUGAUAAUAUGCUCACUAUGUUUGCAGGUGUAGACUGAUAAGAACAGACUGAAAGUGUGCUAACAAGAUUUAACCAACUACCUACUUACGAAAUUGUUGUCAAAUUGAUAUUUUGAGCUUAAUGUUAUGAAAUGAAUGUCGAUAAAACAUGCGUUCUUUAUAAGCUUUUAUUUUUAUAAUAAAUCAAUAUCACAUAGCAA